UUUUGCCCUCUCUCGGCUUGUGUUGCAAGCUUCACAUGAAGAGCACAAUCUGGCAGAUCCUCCACCCUGCAUCCUGAGUGCCUGAGAGAGGAGGCAGCAGGAACGCACUGAUUAACCAGCACUGCUAGUCAGUACCAAUGAGAGAUGUCUGCCAUCAUGUGCCUUUCUUUGGGUCUGUUGCUGCUUUGCUUGUGGGGGUCUGCUUUCUGCAAGCAGUUCAGAGCUGAUAUCAACAUGGCAGGGGUGAAGGGAUGGGUCAACUUUGAUUCCAGCCAGAAAACAGCCUCUGUGAAUUUGACAGGGGCCUGCAAUCAAGUGAACCUGUCUCUAAAUGAAUUUCCAGUUAUGUAUGGCCACUUCAUAUAUCCCUGCCUGCAGACAAACAUUGGAUCAAGCAUCUACAGAUUCAGUGUCAAUCAGCUGAGCAUGUCUGUCAGUGUUCCAGACCUUUUUGAAAAUAGAUCCAGUCUAGAUGACCUAUCCCUUUUAGUUGAAGCCUGUAAUUCCAGAAAAGCCUGUGCUACAGUAAAACAAAAUAAAAUUGUAAAAACGUGGCAAGCCAAAUUUUAUUCCUCUGUGGCUGGAGAUCUCUACAUCCGUCAAAAUGAAGCAGAAAGUGCUGCACAAAUUCUCUCUGACCUUGUGUCUCUCCAUUCAGGUGCUGCUGUAACUUCUGUCAGCAUGUUCAUUGCCCAAGCCAAUUUUUCUGGUUGUGCCAUUCUUCUAAGCCAACCUGACCCAUCCACCUUGUCACUGCUUGGUAGGCUAAGGGUGGGCUCCCCUCUACAGCCAAUAAAGUCACGACUAGAGAUUGCAAAUCUCACAACAGUACGUUUUGCACUGAUUAAUUAUGGCACAAAUUAUGCAUGCGCAGAACUCAGUGUGAUGGAACAAAAGACAGUCAAGGCCAUCAUCAACAUGAAGGGAGCUAAAGGUUCCUUCAGCUUUACCCAGGCUUCUCCAUUCGAUGUCACCGAACUUAAAGUGAAUCUGACCAACCUAAAAAGCCAGGUGCGGUCGUAUCAUGUACACGACUUUCCAGUCCCCCAAAGGAAAACAUCGGAAGAAAACGUGUGUAGCAAUGACAAUGUUGGUGGGCACUGGAAUCCAUUUAACGUGGAUGCGAAAAGUCCCACGUAUCCCAAAGAUCCAGGAGCAACUCAUGACCUGUAUGAGAUUGGAGACCUCAGCGGAAAGCAUAUGUCCUUAGAAAACAUGGACACUUUUGAGGAGAGUUUUACUGACUGGAAUCUACCUCUGUUUGGAAGGAAUAGCAUUAUUGGGCGCUCAGUGGUAAUCCACCAGCCAGACUCUUCAAGGCUUCUCUGUGGAAACAUUGGUUACCCAGGAGAAAUGGUGAUGGCAAAGUCUGUCUUUAGGGGUCCUGUGGCAGGGACAAUUCUGUUCAGUCAGCUGAAGAACAGUCCUUACUCAGAUUUAACGGUGUUUCUGGAUCUCUUUUAUGUGAGCUCAACAAUACCUGCAAGCAGUAACCAUAACUGGCAUGUUCACAUGUACCCUAUCAGCUCUGAGACAGAUUUUGAUCCGAAUGUAUGCAUGAGCACAAAGGGCCAUUUCAAUCCUUUCAACAUUAACACUACUGACAGCAGUUAUGUCCUGAACUGCAAACCAGACAGUCCUUUUGCUUGUGAAGUGGGAGACUUUUCAGGCAAACACCAGCCGAUUGAUUUACACUCUGAUGCUGGGAAUCUGAACAGGAAGCACCUCUUCACUGACACAACAUCUGGGAUGUCCGGGAUCACUUCCAUUCUUGGCAGAUCCGUGGUGAUUCACACAGCUAACAAAACCUCACCUAGACUGGCUUGCGCAAACAUAACUGCUGUGCGCUUGCCCUCUGCAAGAACUGGUCUCUGGUUCGGCACCGGGAAAGCUCAAAACCAAGUGCAGUUCUCUCAGAGUUUUCCCCUGGACUUGACUAUAAUCAAUGUGUCGCUGGCAGGUUUAGGAGCAAAAGCUGGGGGAUAUCAUGUCCAUAUUCUGCCUAUCAAAAAUGCAUCCACAAGCACAGACCCUUGUUCAGACCAGAACAUUAUGGGUCACUUCAAUCCGUUUUCUGUUAAAGUGUCUUUAUCCCCGGCACCUGGCUCAGGCACACAAGAUCAAUAUGAAAUUGGAGACAUUAGUGGAAAGUAUGGGCUGCUCAGCAAUCUUGAUGAGAUUAAAAAUCAGUACAUGGAUAAUAACAUGCCACUGUCAGGGCCAAACAGCAUCAUGGGACGCUCAGUGGUUAUUCAUUAUCCUAAUGGAUCCAGAAUGCAGUGUGCAGACAUCCUGCCUGAUCAAGCCUCAGAUGGACACUGGGUUCGAGCAAAGGCUACGUUUAAUAGUUCUGUGAAGGGGACAAUAUCACUGACCCAACAGGUAUAUCCCGAUGGCAGCUGCAGUGACACUAUCAUUAAGGUGGACCUACAAGCAUCACAGAACAUUAAUGUCACUGAAGCUCUUUGGCAUAUCCAUGUCAACUACAUACAAGAGAAGGAUGACAGAUGUUCUGGUACAGGAGGCCACUUCAACCCUUUCAAAAUAGACACUGGGCCUGGUUACAACUUCAGCUGUUCCCCUAAUAAUGUACUGAACUGUGAAGUUGGGGACCUGACAGCAAAACAUGGUCCUGUCAGUCUGCAUUUGAGGCAGCUCUUCACUGACACCAACCUUGACCUGACUGGAGAUUUCACUGUUGUGUACAGGUCAAUAAGCCUCAGCACCACAAGUGGUAUCUUAUCUUGUGCAAACAUCAUACCAGACUCUCCUUCAGAGCAAGUGAUAUUUCCGAAGCUCGACUCCUUCAGCAGGUUUGAAUUCCGCAACAAGGUUGCCAGUGUUCUGGAAGUUGACUUCUGGAGGGUCACUAUCUUGCCUGAAGCGUUAUCUGUUGUUGACCAGGGAAAAUGCCAGAAUGUCACUUUCUUCUUAUCAGGAGAUGUAGAUGCAACAAAACUUAAAACAAUUCAAUACAACGAUAAGAUGGGAAAGUUUCAGCAAUCCAAACUCUGCUUGCAAAGUGGCAAUGCCGCUCAUCUGCUGGUGCCUGGUGGAUAUCUCCUGACAGCCGCUAUUCUUGUAGUCCAGUCCUCCUUAUACCUGGUGCAGCAGUAACCCAAAACUCCAUUGAACACUGCGUUCCUCCUGACCUGUCCAGCAUUGUGUGAUUAAUGGUUAAACUCAUUUGAUUUCCACACAGCACAAAGGCAUUAUUUUGAAUGUCUCAUUAAAUGAAAUCGGGCACCAACCUUGUCAAAAGAGUUUUGAAUACUCCGUGUACUAUUAUGAUGGGAAAUACACACUGGCAGUCAGAAUUAUGGGGUCACCUGGAUAAUUUUGCUGAAAUACAGCUGAACCAGGAAGAAUCACUGUACAUUUUUGAUUCAUGUAAAAAUAAACUAAAACUAAACAAAGUCUCAAAAUAAAAUUUAACAGAAAAGAUGUAGUUUUAUGAUAUUUCAUAGCCUCAUCAUACUUCCUGUCUUCACAGUAUUUCAGUUAGACCGUCUAGAAGAUCCAUUCUUCUCAUUGACUAUGAAUACCAAGAGUGUUUUGUGUUUCAUGUACAAUACAUAACCAAGCCCUUAUUAUCUAAUGAUUAGCUAACUCAUGACUUACAAAAAAUUAAACAUACUUUUACAUGGUCCAAACACAGAAUUAACUGAAGAAAUUAAAUUAAUAACAUGUUUCUGAUAGUCUUACAAUAGUCUUCUAGUUUUAGUCUUCCAUUCCAAUGAGAAGCAAUGUAUUGAUAGCCAGAAUUGAUAGAAUUUUCUUUUAAUUGCAAAACUAUUCAUCUUAUUCUUAAAGGCUGAAAACAGUAAAAUGUAGACUUUUACAGGGAGAAGGUGUGAGAGUAGUGUUAAAAUGAGAUGUGAUAAGACUGAUCUGAGCAAUGAAAAAUAAAAAUGUCAGGAUAAUGCAUAACUUAUGUGCUCAUAUUUUAGGAUUAUUUACAUUAUGAAACAGAUGGUAUACAAAAAUUGUUUACUCAGGUGAAAUGUAAUUUUUUGGUGAUUGCUGUUCUUUAUACUGUAGGAUUAAAAACUCUAAUCUUAAAAGAAGAAUAUUCCUUGGGAAUGUGUUUAGUUAAGAAAUUGAUUAUUUUUCGUGAGCCAACACACACAAGCUCCUGUGUGCAGCUACUGAACCCAAAAAAAACCCAAAACACUGAAUUAUUUUGUAAUUAAUUAUCUACAAUUACAAACAUCAUGCUAUAUUAAGCAACACUUGCUAUGUUUAGUUUUUGUAUCAUUAAACUCUGUGAGCUUUUCAGAGCCAGUCUCUAGGGAAACCCCAAAUCCAGUGCCUUUUGAAGCAGUUGCCACGGAGAUGCAUCUUGAUCCAUGUUCUAUCCUGCUCACCUGCCUUCAGGAACAGCAGAAUUAAGGACAUAAACAGCUUUAAUUCAACAAAUCGGAUCAGGGGGUUGGGGAUCAUUACCAUUCUUUCAAAAGCAAAUUAUCUUUUUUUUAAGAAAAGGAGUGAGCAGUCAUUGCCGUUAAGAAUAUUUAGAGAGCACUAAUGCACAUAACUGUGUACCCUGCAGUAACAGGGUUAUAUCAAACUAUAUAUACAGCAUUUUAGCUACUAUUGUCAAACUGAACUGUGUUUUACUUAUUUUUACCAUAUUCACGCUUUUUAUUCUAUUUCUGAUCAAUAUCUUUCAGUGUCUAUUACAGGAUGGUUUCAUCUCUGGAAUCUAAGGUUUAGAUCUCUAACCUACUUUAUAUAUUAUAUUGAAAACUCUGCAUUUAAUACUAUAUUCAGACAAAUUUAAAGAAAUAUUAAAAAUGUAUCAUGAUCUUCUGCUAAAGUAUUGUACGUCUAUGAAUUGCUAUACAGUAGAUAAUUGUGCUAGGAACUAUCGUUAUUUCUCCUCAUCAUGAUUUUUCAAUGUACAGGCACUAUAUAUUGAUAUGUAUUGAGUACAUUGAUUUAUUAUGUGAAGAUAUUAUCUGAAAACUUUAUUUUCUGAAAUCAUAUCAAGCCAAAAUAUGUUAAAACAACUGUGUAAUAUUUUCACAAACAGCCUAUAAUGAAGUGUUUAUUGGGGUGUCAUUAUUUUGUUCAACUGAUUGCAGCAUUGUUUUUCACUUGCAUUGAGAGAAACAUGUAAACCCUGCUGAAUUACAAUUGCUUGAUUAAAAUCUCUUCAUGGUU